UUCUUCAUUGAUCAACGUUAUUUUUUUGAGGUUAAGGGAUUUGUUUGUUUAUAUUGGCCUAAUUUGUUAUCAUGUGCAGGAAUUAGAAACGUGUGUUAUAAGGGCGGUUUUUAUUGUGUAGGGGUCGUAUUGCUAUGUGAAAACGUGAACAGACUGAUAGUAUCGAGCCGUAAAAUCCGCAAUUUCAAACAUGACCAGGCUCAUCAACAAUGAUUACUGCAUUGCACUCGAAUGCAAAGAUCUGCAGGCAAAUGCUAUGUCGGUGGAUUGCACUGGCACAUACGCCUUAUUAGCCGGGAGGAGAUGCAUCGCCUUGAGAAAUUUGGACGAAGAAUAUGAGAAUGUCUUCAAGUUCCCCAGAACCAGUAAAUACGAUGUUGGGGCUGCCGAAUGGAAUCCCACAGCUCACAACAAGCAAAUUUGCGCAAUUUCGACCAAUGAACGAUUGGAGAUCUUGAACUGGCGAGAAGAGACUUUAUCAGUAUCGCAUUCAAUUCGUGCACACACUCGCGCUAUCUCAGGCCUGAAUUGGCACAGAUUCGAUCCAAAUAUCAUCGCCACUUCUUCAGUGGAUACCUUCGUGAAUGUGUGGGAUAUUCGUGAUUCGCGCCGCCCCACAUUGUCCCUCGCCAACGUGGCCGAAUCAUCCCAAGUGCGAUGGAAUCGAAUAUCUCAGCACUUGAUUGCAACAGCCCAUGAUGGUGACAUAAAAAUUUGGGAUCAGCGAAAGGGUUCAUAUCCACUUCAGUAUAUUGCGGCGCAUCUCGCUAAAAUUUAUGGACUGGACUGGAGUCCCCACAUAGAGAACCAAAUUGCCUCUGCCAGCCAAGACCAUUCAGUUAAGUUCUUCGACACUUCCAAUCCGAGAAAACCUGACUUUGUCCUCAGUACUGGUUCGCCCGUAUGGAGGGCUAGGUACACGCCGUUUGGGAACGGCAUGAUAACAGUGGUGGUGCCUCAAAUCCGCAGGGGCAGCGAGAACAGUUUCUUGCUGUGGAACAUUUCAAACAGGGCCGCUCCAAUGCACACGUUCGUAGGGCACAGGGAUGUGGUGCUGGAGUUUCAGUGGAGGCCGUCCAGGCCCGAUGAUUCCUAUCUGCAGCUAGUCACUUGGUCCAAGGAUCAAACUCUGCUGGUUUGGAAGAUUGAGCCCUUUUUGCAGAAGCUGUGCGGCUACGAGCCGGACGAUUUGAGCAUUUACGACGACAAUAGUUCAAUAGGGGGAAUUGACGAAGCAGCCAGCACAGUAUCCUUGAAGAGAAUUCAGCCGCUGCAGCAGGAAUUCUCGUUGCUGAACGUCCACAUCCCCAACCUGGAAGUGAAAAACAUGGACUCCUUAACAAGGACCGUGACCGCAACGUGCAAAAUUAACACCGUUAUAACGCACGUUAAGGUGAUCUUUCCAAACGCUUACCCUCUGGGGGUGCCUCCAGCGUUCCAAGUAAUGCCCGGCUCCAACAUCAACGACUCGAUAGGUUCCCAGCUGCUGCAUACGUUGAACCAUCUAGCAAUUCAGCGGGUGUCGAAGAACCGCACCUGCUUGGAACCGUGCUUAAGGCAGAUGGUGACCACGUUGGAGCAACUGUUGGUUGAUAUUGAUAGCGACCGAUCAUUUGAAAGAGUAUAUGUGGAACCCACCGUCAGCGCGGAGGGCUACAACGACGCUUACAUUCCCUUCCCUCGAACUUCGGGCGUCAAGUUCUGCUCUGUGAACAUUUUGGUUUGCUUUGGCAGGCCGCUGUUGACGAGAAGAUUGGGGAAUAAAAACGAUUCGGGAACUCCGAGGGCGCUCUCGGCUUUAGAAGGGAUUUUAGCUAAGCGAUCCACAGAUCAAAUGACUGUUUCUGCGUAUUAUUUUCAGAGACAAAAGCAAAGGUCUCGAUCGAAGCAUUCGCUAUCGAAAGCCUCCAAGGCCAUGGUGCACAUUUACGACGCUACCAAUUUGUUCUUGAUAAAUCGCCAGCUGGCUGAAGAUUAUAUUUUGUAUGGGGAUGUGGCCACUAUCUGCAAGCACAACGCAGCAGCCGCCGCUGUCGCGGGAAGACGGGAUCUGGUUCAAGCAUGGAUUCUAAUAGAGAUUACUUUAGCCCAACGUCUAGUGGAUGAUGAUGGUGAUUGGGCUGGCCAUCCAUGUGGGGAUAACUUACUAAUUUCCUUAAUCAAUCACUACGCUUCUCAGGCGGAUCUUCAGAUGGCUGCAAUGCUCUGCUGCAUCUACGGUAAGCAGCAAGAGAAUUCGCUGAGAAAGGCGUCUUUGAAGUCCAUACUUUCUCCAAUGCAUCUAAAUUCCGGCCAACGGUGGUUUAAGCCGGGAGUCUCUCCAUACCACACCAUCCCACCAGCCGACGUGGUGGCGGAUGGUUGGGUGCUACCCCUACUGAAAAGUACCCGUUCCACGUCCUUGGACAACCUCCGAGCUGAGGAAAUUGUGGUCGCAACAAUCCCACCCAAGAUUCCCUAUGUGGCGCUUUACGAGUACUACAAAAUGGCCUAUGCGGAGACGCUGCACCGUUGGACCCUUUUGUACAACCGAGCUGAGGUGAUGAAAUUCAUGGCCAUUCAACCGGAGCCCUACAAAGGGGCCGAAUUUAUCCCAGAUUGCCAAAUCUGCCAGACUCCCAUCAAACAUUCGGUAUGCACCAGCUGCAGACGGCUGCCGUUUCACUGCAUAAUCUGCAACACUGCAGCCAGGGGCUCGGUGAAUUGUUGCGUGAUUUGUGGCCAUGGCGGCCAUACCGACCAUUUGCAGAUGUGGUUCGAGCGGAAAUCUAUGUGCGCCUUAUGUGGGUGCAACUGUUUGUUUGAAACCACCUAUACUGUGGGUUCGUAACAUACAGAAACACGCUUUGCCGGUGUGAAGAUUAUGUACCUUGAAGCAAGAUUGUUGAAAGAGAUCUGGCUGUGCCCAACUAGUACUAGAUAAUUUAGAGAACUAAAAUCUAAUUAAAGAGGAUUUGAUGAAA